CCGUUUGAACGUACUAUUUCCAUAUACAAGAACAGCUCCGGUGUGGUUGGGAUUGACCUACAGAACGGUCUGAUCAGGGCGAUUCACAAAGAUUCUAGCGCUGCUCGAAAUGGCGUCCCGAUCAAUCACCAAAUCGUGGAAGUAAACGGUCAGAAUGUGAUGGGCAUGAAAGACAAGGAGCUUUGUGCAAUGAUUACCGGGAUUCAGGGCAUGUUGACUUUGACAAUUAUACCCCGUAUAAUGUUCGACCACCUGGUUAAGCACCUGCGUGACAGCACUAUUCGAAAAGAAAUGGAUCGCUCUAUGCCUGAGGUGUAA